GGAAUUCAAACUGUAACAUCACUUCGGCCACUGCUCUUCAGUUUUAGUUGAAUAAAAGAAUGGAUUUUAGUUCACAAUGGAUAUCAAAUGAAUUUAAAACUGAACAUUUUUUACAAGGAUUUAAAAAAUUCGUACUGUUUAACAAUACGGUUCCUGUGAAUGGAUCCUUGGAAGAAAAUGUUCACCCAAUUGAAAAUACAAACGGCUCAAAAAAUUAUGGAAUCGUGUUAGCAGGAUUAUUUUUAUUGCUACUAAUAAGUAAUAAGCUCAAAACCAUAAAUAUUGAGUUUUUAAAAGAGUUAAAUGUACUUUUUAAAUCAAUUAAUCAAAAUUUAUCAGCCCUGUUAUGUUUGAUCGUUUUUGUUGUCAUUUUACCAAUAAUAGGAUUGGUGUUAGGAUGUUUUCUUUUUUUUCGUCUUAUUGUUUUUUGUAUUUUAAAACUGAAAUUUGAUGAUCAAUUUAUUGGCCUAUUAGCCGGAACUGAUUGCAUUUGGGCUCUUGAAGAUCAAAGUUUAUGCAUUAUAACUGGAUUAGGAGUUUUAGAGGUACCCGAAUCAGAAACACCAUUCGAAAUUUAUCAUAAAAUCAAAGAACGGGUUUACAAUCGAUUAUUUUCGCAUCCAAUUCAAUGCCCAAAACUGUUUUAUAAACGGCAAUCAUUUAUGGGAUACUUUUAUUGGGAAUAUCCAGAAUCAAUUCAUGUAGAAGAUCAUGUACGACAAAUGCCAAAUUUAGGAAGAUCAAAGCAAAUAACAAAAGAUACAUUAGAUUCUUAUAUAUCGCAAAUAUCGAAUGCACCGAUGUAUAAAAAUCAUACGAAAUCAUGGGAAAUUUUAAUUGGAAAACAAACGCUUGAAGAUGAUGUUAAGAAGAAUUCCGGUAUUCAAUAUUACCCAAUCAUAUUUCGCGUUCAUCAUACUUUAGGUGAUGGAUAUGCGUUAGUACAACUAUUACUGGAAGCAAUUGCAGAAACCAAUAUGCAAAUGCAAAAUAAUGAAAUUUUAAGAAAAUAUAAAAAUUAUAAAUGCAAGGCAGCUUUAGCUGAGAAUAAAAAAUCAAAAUUUGAAAGUUAUAUGAAACUCUUUUAUGUACCAAAAUUAUUAUUUAGUCAAAUUAUACGAAAAGCUGAUGAAAAUAUUUUACAUAAUACACAAUUAUCUGGUGAAAAACUUGUAACAUGGUGGUCAGAUAACGCAAAUGGGGAAAUGUUAAAUAAAGUGAAAAGAGUUCAACAUUAUUAUUCAAAUAUACGAUUUUGUGAUGUUAUUAUUUCAGCGAUUUCAGUUUCAUUUUCAAAAUAUUUCCAACAGAAAUCUGUAAAAACUCCAAACACAAUGACACUUGUAAUUCCUGUUCGAGCUGAAAUGGAAAACAUCCAAUUUGGGAACAAAAUUGAAUUAACUAAUCGCUUUACAGUUGGAUUCGUUGAUGCACCAUUAAAUUUCGAACAAAAAUCAAUUCAACAACUUGAGAAAGUUCAUAUUCAAACUGAAAGAUUACGAAAUUCUUUGGAAUUUGCUGUAAAUUAUUGGUUAAUCAAGGUUUUAGCCGGUGUAUUACCAUCUCAAAUAUUAAAAGUAUUGUUAUACAGUGAACAUGCGACAGCAAUUUCAAGUAAUAUUCCGGGACCAAGUAAAAUUAUUUUAUCAGAUGAUAUGUGCUUGAACGAUUUGAUAUUUUGGAUUCCAAAUCGUGGAAGAACAGGAGUUGGAAUAUCAAUUUUAACAUAUGGCAAUCGUUUACAAAUGGGCAUUUCUGUUGAUAAAGUUUUUAUAUCAGACCCAACUGAAGUCAAAUCAAUUUUAAAUGAAAUAAUCAACGAAAUUGAACAUUUGGAUUCAAACACAAGAUCCCAAACGAAAGUUGAUUGAAUUGUAAAGCAAUCAUUUUGUAACACACUGUAUUAUAUACAAUGUUUUUCGAACUAAAUAUAAUUUUUCUAAACAUAAA